AUGCCCGUCAUCAACAUUCCCGAAACCGAAUUUGCUCACAAUGCCUUUUUCUCACUUUACCGACCAUUGCUCGGAUUAUCCUCAGACGAUGAAAAACCCUUCUUUCACAAUCAGAACCAGGACGGCAUGAUGGGCGACGAGCAGGAUGAUGAAGAAGCAUUUGCUCAAUACAUGAUGGAUUUACGACCAUUCGAACCACCAUCGUCUAGUGAUGCCGUCAAUGAGACAUACCAUGUCCAGCAGGAUCAGCGACCAACGAUAUCCUUUAGUAUAGAAGAGGAGCCCAUUAUUCCUAUGGAAAAUUCGUUACCCAUGUAUCAUAUGCCCGACGGUGACGAUAUCAUUGAUUACUUGACGGAUGUCCAAGAGAAAAUGAAAGCCCAGCAUGCGCAGGAAGAAAAUUCAAUGGGAAGGAAAAGAAACCAUGGAAACCACUCACGGAAAAAGAACGCGACCGGACCUAAAGUAGACUCGUCGUCAAAAUCAGAAGAGUAA